CUGAUAGACCGGGACAGGAACAAUUGCAAAUCUUGUGUCCCUUAUUGCUAUUCCAGCUUGCUCAGAAGUGUUCAGAUGGAUCCACGUUAAAUCCCUGGUGAUGUUUCUGAAAGGGUGAACUAACAUGAGUGUAAAAGGCCACUGUUUUCUCCUGGACUGGACACUUAGGCAGGAAUUGGGCGGAAAGAACUGUUGAAAUGAAAUCCCAGUUGUGUGUGCAUGCUUGGCAGCAAGAGAGCACAAAAACGUUCAAAAGAACGUGAACAUCCAUCUGGAUCCUGGCACUGAGGAUCGAGCUGAGGUUCCCCAUCACUGGGCUGAUGCUGCUGUGGUCUCUGUCACACCUGGCUGGGGAGUGGGACGUAGCAGAACGAGCCUUGUGACUGCAGCAGCUGGGAAAAUCCAAGGCCUCAGGAAGCGGGAUCCAAGCUUGGUGCAGACCAACCUUAUUUGCCCUCCCCAGCCAUUCUGGGAUGCCACCGAGCGGCUCUCCAACUCCUGCUUCCAGCAGCAACACAACCUCUGCUCCAGGCUGCAGCAGCGUGGCAAUGAAAACGUGAUUCAGGGCAGUCGCCGCCUCCCUGCAGCACUAUCACGUCGCAGGGAUGCCCAACAGAGAUGUUCCCGCUUGAGUACUACUGGUCUAGAGGGGAGCUGCAGGGAUGCAAGCACUGGCCUUCCAGCCAGGAGUCUGCAGGAGGGGGUUGGCUCCUGUGAGCUGUCCUGUGGGCGCCGCACUUGCUGGAGCUCUCAAGAAGGAAGGAACCAGAGCCAGGAGCAGUGGACAGAAAAGCAGCAACACAGACUUCUUAUUGCUUGCAGUGCAGGGCAUGGAAACCCAUCUGUAGCCAGUGCAGAUGGCCUGUCCCCUGCUGUAGUGUCUGUAGACCCCUCUGCCAGGUCCACUCUCAAUUGCAGGCCAGUGGUGUAUGCCUCUUCCCGAGGGAGCUCCAGUGCAAGUGUGGCCUCACGUUGCCCUGGGCCUAGCUUCACCUUGGAGGAACUGAGUUCCCCCAGUCUGGCUGAGUCCCCUGCCCAUCCUUCAGCCCUUCGGUCUGUCCUGGAGUCUUCCCAGGCCUCUGCCAGCCUGCACUGUUCAAUCCAAAAGCUUAAGCAAGAGACUGCUGCAAUGGGGAUAUUGGGCUCCCUGCCUUUGGAGUCCAGGUCUUCUCCCGUCACAUGCAGGUUCUGCUUUGCUCCUGAUGUCUCUCCACCUGCCAUCCAGGGUGCAGAAGAGUAUUGUGCCAGGGAAAAGACCAGGGCUGCUCAGGCUAGGAUGAAAUGGGGCAGCCCAUUUGCUAAGGGCUGGGGUCUUGGUUCAGUAACAAGUGAGACUAAGCCGACCUCCAUCUAUCACAGGUACAGAACCACAGAGUUAUACACCCAGAGAGCCAGCGUCUCUGAAGGAAUUUGGUCAGGGCCCCUCUCUGCUGAGGCUGGCCCAGUUGGUCUGGUUGAUACUGAAGCAGACGGUCCCUAUGACUGCUCUCCCUACCUUGGCUACAGGUCACAGGCAUGUGGCCAUGCAACCACUCACUUCCCUGAGGAACCCUCGUUCAGAUCUCCCCCCUGCUCUGUGUCUCGGAGAAAGGACCUGCCACCCAGCCCAUACCCAGGUGGUCUGCAGGUGUCACUGGAGACACAGCACAGCAGGGCUCAGAUGAACAUUGGUGUAGCCAUAGAUGGGACCCCGAGGGAAGUGUGUGUGAGAGUCACUUCUCCUCCUGCAGAAACAGGGGCUGCUCCAGUCCAGCAGCUUUGCAUUCACUCUAGCUGUGAGGGAGCCUCUGCCCCUCACUGCAAGUACCACGGGGAGCCAGCAGAGCUUUAUGACGCUGCACUAGCUGCAGGCAAGGGACCAACUGUGGUGAAUAGCAGGCCGUCUGCAGCCAGGUCCAGCCCUGGCCCUCUCAGUGUAACAGUCAGACGAGGCUCUAGCGAAUAUUCCUGGGCUGCCCCUGACGUUGACACUGCCAGAGAGGGAGGAAGGAGAGAGCUCUCUAUCAAGGCUGUCUGCACGCCUCCUGCUGAGAAGAGCACUGGGGACCUGCCACCCCAUGAAGUCAACUGCCGGGUGCAGCAUGUUGCACCAGCCUGGAUCCCAGGAAGUGACUUCUUGGCAUUGGAGAUGGAGAGCAGUGCUCAGCUUCCAGGCAAUCAGCACCUGCUGAGCAGAUGUCUCCAGGCCUGGAGUAGCCAUGUCCUUGGGAAGACAACCGCUGCCAAGAAGCUGUACAAGCAGCAGCUGCUCCGCAAGGGGCUGGCAGCCUUGCAGUGGGCUGUGCAGCUGAGGAAGACUCAGCUGGAGACCGCCCAGCAGAGAUACACCCUGGCCAUGCUGGCUGGCAGUUUCGACAGGUGGAAAGAGGCAAUGGCAAAGCAGAGCAGAAGAGGAACUUCCCAGAGUGAGCUAAGCCUUCAGACCAGAGAUCUGCCCAUCGGCAGUGUUGGGUACAGCCAAGGUCCAGCUGGAACAGCCCUGACUGAAUGCCAGCUGGGCACAGGGCCCUUGAGAGAAGCAGCACUGAGCAGUGGGGUGGAGGGAGAGCUGUGGAGACAACUCCAUCACCGGCAGAGGGCUAAUGACCUGGGGCGGAGGGCACAGGCCAUCGGGGAUCUGAGGCGCCUGGCUGCAGCUUUCCAACUGUGGUGCCUGCAGAAGGAGCUGCUGGGCAGAGAGGAGGUCAGAGCAAGCCAAGCUUGUGCCCUCCUGGAGAGAAAGCGGCUCCAGAGCAUCUUCCAGGCAUGGCGUUCCCGGAGCCAGGAGGCAGUGCAGGUUUGGUCGCUGGUGACUCAGCUCCAAAGAAAACGGACAGCUCGGUGUUUCUGUGCAUGGAAGCAGAUUGUUGAGCAGAAGACACUUUGCAAACGCAGUCUGGAACAGCACAGGGCAGCAUCAUUGAGGAAAUCCUUCCAGCAGUGGGUUCUCAUACUGCAGCUCAGGGAAGCAGACAAGCUGACAACCAUGGACCUGUUUCUCCUGAGACAGAGGCGAUACUACAGUCAAGGACCCAGCUCAGCUGCCAGAGGGCCUGCGGUGGAGGAUGACCACCCUCUGCCAAGCUCGACCGUCCUGAGAUGGUCCCUCAGGGUAGGAGGCAGCUCUCUGGAUGACCACUGCCAGAGAUUGAAGCUCCAGAGGAUAUUCCUGAGAUGGAGAGCAAGGCUCCAUGAGCAACAGCAAGCCAAAGCCUUCUCCCGGGCAUCAGAGCAGCGCCAGCUGCGGGAGGCCCUGAGGCACUGGCACCACAGGGCUCUGCAGCUGGGUCCACUGAGCCACCAGCCCAGGGGCCCUCCUGCCUGGCUGGAUUCAGAGGAGUCCUCAGCAUCAUCCGGCUUCCACAGCAGCACACCAGCCCCUCCUGUCUCCUGGAGCUCCCUGGAUAGGGACAGCCGCCAGAACAGCAGCUGUUCCAUGCUGGCCAUUGAAGACAACCCCUGCCCGCUCCACUACAGCUCUGCUCUGCAGCAACCCCUCUGCCCACCGGGGCCAGGCGAUCUGUGCGGAGAGCUCUACUUCCAGACAUCCUUUCUCCCCCAGUUCCCCCCAGGCAGGGGGAGCUGGUUCAUUGGAAGUCACCUCCAAUCCUUGGGGCAGUGCAGCCCAGACAGCGAGGGCCAGUCGCUCUGCAGCUCCUUGGCAUGGGAGGAAACAGGGCUGCAGAGCAAUGCAUGGCAGGUGUGCAGCUCUGCAGAGGAGCUGGACCGUGUCGGCAUCUCCUUUGGGCACCACAUGGCACAGCGGCUCCUGCAGAAAUGCUUUUCAGCCUGGGCAACCCAAACAAAGAGGCUCCUUGAGAUGCAACAACACCAUCAGCACAGCCAGCUGGCCCGGGUAUUCCUCAGCUGGCACAUAUGGGUUGUGGAAGAUAAGAGGCGGAAAGACACGGCGUCCCGACAGUACCGUCUGCAUCACUAUCAGACUGCCCUCACCCUGUGGAAGCAGAGGCUGAGCCAGAGGGUGGAGGCAGACAGGAGAUACAUACACCAGCUUCACCAGAAGGCCACAGAUACCCUGCGGCACUGGCACAAGUGUUGGCAGAGGCAGAGCGCCUUACGGAGGCUGCAGCAGCAGUGGGCUCAGCACAGCGCCCAGGUGAGGAAGAGAAUGGUCCUAGAGAUGUGGCGCUGCCAGGCUAGGCAGCGGAGAGAUGCCGCCUCGUGCUGGGGGCAGCUCGUCCUACGCAGGUGCCUUGUGGCUUGGUGGCAGGUCACGCUGGCCAGAAGCAAGCAGCGUGAGGCGUGCUCCGAGUUUGAGGGCACCAGACAGCAGCACCUCUUAGCAUUGUGCUUUGUGCAGUGGAGGAUAGAGCUCCUGAGAGCCAAGCAGGGAGAGGGAGCCUGCCCGCAGCAGAGCACGGUGCCAGCAAGAGCCUUUCGGCGCUGGAGAGGGGCCGCAAGGGGACGCCAAGUGCUGCACUUGGACUCCGUGGCCAGGGUGAAGCAGGCCUGCAACUACUGGACGAAAGCAGCUGUCUUGUCCCAGUGCUGCUGGCAACGGAGUGCCCCGCUGGGUACCCGGAAGUGCUGGAAGAUGCUGCUGUCUUGGUCCACGAAGCAGAGACCAGGUAGGGACAGGGAUCUUUCAUCCACCUGCUGCUGGCUGCUCCUGAGCUCCUGCCGCCGCUGGCUGGCGAUCUACAGGAACCUAAGCAGGGCAGAGAGGCUGCCCACCCACCCACUUUUGGAGAGGCCUGGCUUGGCAGUGGGAGACCCCCCUCAAUACGUGUGGACCCCAGAAAGCAGCUUGGAGCUCCUACCAGUUGAUCGGGACAGCAGGGAACUGGGGGUCAGGUACUGGCAUCGGUGGCGCCUGGCUGUGCUGCUCCUGCGGUGCCGGAAGGACAGGCAAGCACACUGCCUGGCCAAGGCCUGGCUGCAGUGGAAGGAUGUCAGCAGGGCAGCACUGCUGGGGCGAGCGCUGGCCUGGCAGCGGCUGGUGGAGCAGGGCUGGAAGACAUGGCGGAGACGCUACCUGCAGCACUGCGUGUCCCAGCACUUCCUGGAAGACGAAGCUCGGAGCCUGCUGUCCUGGGCCUUUGGAAGGUGGCGCAAGCUGGCAGCAUCCCAGUGCCAGGGCAGAGGACACCGCUGAGCUGCCAGGAGAGCUGCCUGGACUUGCCUCAUGUCCUGGACAUGUGAGGAUACAGCCAGGCACAGACGAGGUGGUCCCUUCCAUGUGCUUCCCAGGGGCACCACCUCCCAGCCUGGAAAGCCAGGUGCUACCAGGCCGUGCAAAACCCUGCUUCCUUGCUGCCUGGCUUCAGGACUCCGUCCUUGUCUUUGCACAUAGGGCAGGGCCGAGAUGUUCCAAUUCAAUUAAAGGGUAAACCACAA